CUAAAGUGGUGUUAUUGCAUAUUGUGUGAUAAUGAAUUUUUUCAUCAUUUGUUCCAGUGAAAUUUAGUAUGUACAAAUUAUAUAGAAAACUCUCGGACGGAAAAUAGUUGCAAUUCAUGGUUCAUCUCACUUCUGACGCUGGAUGAAAUAUGAUAGGCCGUUUCUGGAAAAAGCAUUUCGCUCUGCGGCAGAUUUAUCCGUUUCACGAGAACCCCAUCGUAUUCGUGACAUGUCAGUGGCAGCGUAACAAAUCCGAACCGAACCUCAAAUACUUAGUAUAUCGUACCAUCUUGACACUAUUUUUCAUCGUACCUUGGGCAAUAUCGAUAGACAGGGAGAGUGGCCACGGAAAAUGGCCGAUUUUCCUUACCAACUGGGGGUUCACUCUGUGCACCACUCAAGCAGUGAUUGGACUGUUUCUUCUGGUGUCUUGUGUACUGGCAAGGCAAUCAACGAAGAUGCGGAGAUUUCAAGCGAUAGCCCUCAGGCUGUAUCCGACUUACUGGGUUUUGAAUACUUUGGCAACCUCCACGGCAUUCGCCAUUACAGUCGUUUACUGGACCAAGGUGUAUAAUGUGGAUACCAUGAAGUUAGAUGAAAUGAACUAUUUGGUACACGGAAAUAACUCAGUACUGAUGUUCAUCGAUUUAUGGAUGGUUUCCCACCCUGUAAGGAUCCUACAUGUCGUGUACACCAUAGUAUUUGGUUUCACUUAUACGCUUUUCACUUUGAUCUAUUAUUCUGCUGGGGGAACAAGUAGGGAUGGUUCUCGCUGUAUUUAUAAAAUAGUCGAUUGGGACAAACCCCUUCCCACUUCCCUAACAUGUCUAGGCGUCAUAGUGUUUCUUGUUGUUCUUCACAUGUUGGCAGUUUUGGUUGCGGAUAUGCGAAGAAGACUAGAUGAGAAAUGUUGCAGCAAGGAGCAAGACACGCCUCCGAUGUCAUCAGGAUCGAAGAGUCAAGCUGCAUAUGUAAAUGAAGGAAUGUCAGUUGAUAUAGUUUGAUGACCUAUCUGUACGUUGUAACGCAAUUUUUAAGUC